AUGAGGUUAACGUCAUACCCCAGCUCACACGAUACGGGUGCUGUGCCUCGCCCAGUAUCCAUACUGUCUCUUGAAGGUGUCACUGAUGCCAUGUGGCGGCUCCCGCCUCACCGCCUGCCUUGUGCCGUUGCAGCUCUCGUGGCGCUGUCCUUCAGCGGAGCCAUCGGGCUGACGUUUCUCAUGCUGGGCUGUGCCCUGGAAUACUACGGUGUAUACUGGCCUCUGUUUGUCUUAAUAUUUUACUUCAUCUGCCCUAUUCCCCACUUCAUUGCAAAAAGAGUAAGUGAUGACAGUGAUGCAGCCAGCAGUGCCUGCAGGGAACUGGCAUAUUUCUUCACAACUGGAAUUGUUGUUUCUGCCUUUGGAUUUCCUAUAAUCCUUGCACGGGUUGAAGCGAUCAAAUGGGGAGCCUGUGGUCUGGUGCUGGCUGGCAAUGCAGUCAUUUUCCUUACUAUUUUAGGCUUUUUUCUUGUGUUUGGUAGAGGAGAUGACUUUAGCUGGGAACAGUGGUAGGACAUCGCUCUGAUGCUGGUAACCUUUUACAGCAUGUAUCACCAUAUGUAUUCUCUGUGUGUGUAUAUGUGUAUAUAUUAUAAGUGUGUGUGCACGCCGAGAUGUAUGUAUGUGUAUUUGCAUGUAGUUUUACGUUAUCGGAUCAUAACAUGCUUUUUUAAAAUGCAUUUCAGCCAAAGGGAGAAGGCCCUUGUGACAGCUGUCUUAAUGUAUUUAGUAAAAGCUGGAAUCACUGUUGCAAAUUUGUUCCCAAAUAAGUUUACAAAAUGUUUUACUCAUUUUUUUUCACUAUAUAUGCAUUAACUUUUGUUUUAAUCACAGUAGUGUCAUUGAUACACGUGAUAUUGGUCAGCAUGCUUUUUUUUUUUUUUAACCAUGUAAUCAAAAUAGGCUAAUAUAAAGAUUAUCCUACUUGGUAUUGUUCAAUUUGAUCAAUCUUUCUGCUUUGAUUAGGGAUGAAUGAGUACUUUUCAUUUGAGUAAUUGUAAUUUUAGUGUUUUUUCUUGAUAACAUAAAACCAAACAGGUUAUGCUAACUCUUUUACUACCUAAUGAAAGAGAAAGAAAAUAACACUGGCUAAAAAUCCUUCCUUCCACUUAUAUAGUUCAUUUAAAAAAUAAUCUACCCCCCACCUUCCUUUCCAAGAUACUCAGGCUUUGUCCCUAUUCAACUUAACAACUGUGGAUAUAUUUUGGGAAUAAUAUACUUUAAUGCCUCUUUAAUGCUUAGAGCUGACAUUACUUCUCUUAUGAAGGUUCACAAAAGAGGAAAGUAUGCUCAGGAUACUUGCAAUCACAAUGUAGUGUAUACAACUGUAUUCUUACAUGUGAAAUGCCCGAAUUGCAAAGAAGUGAGUGUUCUGCUGGGUAGGACUUGUUGUCUGUUCGGUUCUCAUUGCUUUUAAAAUACACUUAUUCAACUACUAUCUUUUUGUCUGUAAGAAGAGACUUUUAUCUUAAAACACUAUAUUUUUAGAUGGCAUUAAUCUAGUAAACAUUCACAUAAUCACACUUACAAAAGUAAACUUUAGUACCGUUUUGACUUGCUAAAUCCUGCAAAUUGUGGAGGCAUGUACUUUUGUAAAAAUGCAUUUUGUUACAAACCUAACUCCAGAAGACAUUUCAGUAAUCUGCAAAGGGGUAAAGGAAGAGACACCUUAAUUUAUUCUUUCAUAGAAAAAUGGACAUAAAGGGGUUUCUGUUCUGUGAAGGAAGAAGCUGAAUUCCUGCAUAGGGUAUGUUUUACUAUUGCAGGUUCUUUAGACUAGCAGAUUGCGAAUGAGUAUUUUAUAGUUGCAUGAGUUAGUUCACAGCUGACUGCUGUCACCCUGUAUAGCUAUGAGGGACAUUAUAUAAGGAGGUAAUAGAAUCUACCCUGCAAGAUGUGGCAGCUUCACCAAUGCAGUGUGCUUUGCCCCCUAAGUUGUAUGGAACUACUUAUGCUGCACUCCAAACUCUCUCAGUACUCGUGUACUGCAAAAUGGUGUCCUGUGGAUUGCUGUGCAGAGCAAAGCUUCAGAAACUAAUGAAUGUUACAUGAGCGCUCUGAUACUGGGUCUUUUGUUCAUGCUCAACGCCCUAGAAGAAGGGUACAGAAAUCAUUUUGUGGCCCAAGUAAGGGAAUAUCACCUAAGUAGGAAUGGAGUAUCAUGUUUCAGGAAGGUUAAUUACAUGUUUUAAAUUUAAACUUCACGUGUGUGUAAGGUCAGUGCUGAGGAAUGCUGAGUAGCUGUAUUUUAUACUGAAGUGUGUCUAGGUUGCCAUUCCCAUAAAAGAAGAAUUAACAUUAAAUGACAGGGGUUUUUCCUGGAUGUUCAUGCUUCAUCAAAGACAUAACAAGGAGUGUACUUGUAAAGAUGCUGUGCAUAAACAACUUCUCUUACAAUGUCUUCUUCCUGACUUAGGUGAAAUCUGUUGGACCCUACUGAUUUGUAAAGGACUACUGGGGAAAUUAUUUGUUCUAAUUAUGAAGCAGGUUGUUUAGAGUAAUCAUAGUUUCCAUGUGUAAGUCCUGCUUUGAUUUUUGAAGAAGUUGCUUUUUUUAUCCUAUACCAUGGCACUUUUCAUUCAAAUUGGUGAAGUAAAACAGCAAGAAUAAUACACAAUUUAAGUGCCUGAUCCUGUAAAUACCUGAAGUCAUUGCUAACAAUACUAUUGAAGUCCUGUUAGAGUACUGAUGUGCUUGCAGGGUUAGGUUCUUGAGUAUUGUUACUCCUUAGAAUUUAUGUACCAAAGGCUGCAGUAGAAUUCUACAAAACGACUCAAUUACUGAUGAAAUUUUGCUUUCAAGACAGUGGUGUGAAAACCAGCUGAGAUUAAUUUUUCUUUAAAUUAGAGAAUCAUUAUUGGUAGAAUCUGUUCUAAGUCUAUUGGUUAAUAGUGUGCUUGUGACAGAUUGGGAUACAGGCAGUAAACAUAUGACAAUCUAAAAUGAAAAGGAGGACUAGAAAGUACAGUCUUGAAGAGAGGUUGCUUCUUUGACAAAUUAUUCUGUUGUACUGUAUUUUUUUUUAUAUUACUGUGGUUGGUGGGUACCUCACCAAAUGGCAGGUAAAUGCUGAAUGAAGAAAGUCAAUGCUUUUUUUUCUUCUUUUCAAGCAGCUACAUGCACUAAUCUUUAAUGUGAACUGCGUGCAGUUUUCACCAUGGACUCUUAUUUCAAAACGUUUAACUUCAAAAAUUGUGUUUAACAGUGUCUAAAUCAUGGAAAUCUUCCUUGACCUCUUUAGAAGUAAAUCUGCUUGAAUGAGUCUUCGAUAUCAAACAGUCAGGGUAAAAAAAAAAAAAAAAAAAUUGAGUGCUUUUUUUAUCAAGAGCUUCACUCAUUCACACAAACCUGGUGCUUUGAUGGCCAGUACUGGGCAUACUGUCACUAUCUACCAGUAGCAAUUCACUGUGGUUUCUCUGAAAUUGUUUUCCUAUAUGAAAGUGAAUACUAUGUAUCCAAAGUGCCUUAAUUUCAAUACUACGCUGAUUUUGUGAGUGCAUAUACAUGGCAAUAUCGCUAUGUUUCAUAAUCAGGUGAAAAUCUGUUACUGCAUUUUAUAAAGCUUCCUUGUCAACUAAUCAUGUUUUCUGUAAUCCGGAAUGCAGUGCAGCUUUUGUAACUUUUGUAAACACUAUUUUUAUUUUCUGUGAUUGCCAGGUUCUUGGGAGGAUGAAUUAUUAAAACAUGGAAAU